UUCUGUUUCAACAAAACCAAACCCUAACCCUAGCCCCACCAUCCACCCUUUUUCCAUAUAAAUAAUCCAAAACCCAUAUCACCAGCUCCAUCCUAGUUCCCUCUUCAACAAAAUUCCCAAUAAUCCACCGUUUCCUUGCCGGAAAGCUUUCUUCUUUUUCUUGGGUAUCGGAAACCCGCCCCCUGUUUCGUCCUUAUCAACGAAAUAGAUCCCCAAAAGAAACAAGACAUUUUUGUUGUCGUUGUGAAUGGUGGAAAUCUUAAGUAGUAGUAAUUACAUGCUCUCCCUUUGUCAAUCAAGGGCGAGCGUUGUCUCUGCUGCCUCUGCUUUCGCUUUCGGAUCUUGCAAGGAAGGCUGGUACUACCGCUGCCUCGGCGUCGACCCCUGAACUUCUCAAUCCAUAUUGAUUUUCAUUGUUUUGGAUAAUUUUUUUGCGGAAAAUUAGAGCAUAAAGAAUCUCAAUUCUUUGUUUUUAACCAUUAUUCUAUCUCUAUCGAGAUCUUCUUUUAUUUAUUUUUUUCCCGAUUUCCCUGAGAAAACCAGAGAGGUUUGAUUUAGAUUUGUUGUUAUUUCGAAGAAGAACAAUGUUGCUUUACAAGCAGAAGAAGAAUCAGCCGGCUAAGGGCAAACGGCUGUUGAUUAGUGUGACAGUGUUGGGGAGUGCCGGACCGAUUCGUUUUGUGGUGAAUGAGGAAGAGGUCGUCACUGCUGUUAUUGAUACUGCCCUCAAAUCUUAUGCGCGUGAGGGUCGGCUUCCUGUUCUUGGCUCUGAUCUUAACGAUUUCUUCCUUUAUUGUCCCAAUGCUGGGUCAGGUGCUCUGAGCCCAUGGGAAACAAUAGGAUCACUGGGAUGUCGCAAUUUUAUGCUAUGCAAGAAGCCACAGCCAGUGAAGGUGGACAAUAAUGCUAGAUCAAAUUCAGCAAUUACUCAAAAGGCGAGUGGGAGUUGGAAGUCAUGGAUUAACAAGUCCCGCAGUCUCAAGAUCUCUUCUCAUUAAUUGAGUUUGAAGAGAUGCAAGAAACCAUCUUCUUAUCAGUUCUCAAUGUCGUUGGAUUUUAUGGUUGAUUAUGUUUCCUUCGUUAUUAUCAGAUCUCUGUUUCUGAUUCGACUCAGAAACGUGAGUUCGUUAUUCUGGCAAUAAAUUUGUCUUUUGACAAGUCCUUUGGAAUAAAGUAGACAUCUUUUGUGGGUGUUUUAUUAA